CGUCCGGGCGGCGCGAAGAUGGCGGCGGCGGAGGCGCCGAGCUCGCUGCUGCUGGUGGUGGGCGGCGAGUGCGGGGGCCGGGGGCCGCUGGCCUACGUGCUGGAGGAGCUGGAGCGAGGUGUUCGCUCCUGGGACGUGGAGCCCGGCGUCUGCAGCCUGGACGAGCAGCUCAAGGUCUUCGUGUCCCGACACUCGGCCACCUUCUCCAGCCUCGUGAAAGGCCAGCGGAGCCUGCACCACCGUGGAGAGACUUUGGAGACCCUGGUCCUCCUAAACCCGUCGGACCGGUCCUUGUGCGAUGAGCUCCGGAACCUCCUGCUGGACCCGGCUCCUCACAAGCUGCUGGUGCUGGCCGGACCCUGCCUGGAGGACACCGGGGACCUGCUGCUUCAGACGGGGGGCUUUUCCCCCCAUCACUUUCUCCAGGUCCUGGGGGACAGAGAGGUCCUGGAUGCCCUGGCGGCCUCCCCCACGACCUCAGGCGCGCCCUCCCUCACCAUUACCUGCCCCACCUUCGGGGACUGGGCACAGCUGGCACCGGAGCUGCCGGGCCUGCGGCUCCGGCUGAACCCGCCGGCGCGGCUGCCGGCAUCCGAGGGCCUGCGCGAGUUCCUGGAGUACCUGGCCGAGUCCCUGGAGCCGCCGUCCCCCUUCGACCUGCUGGAGCCCCCGUCCUUCGGGGGCUUCCUGCGGCUCACGGCGCCCUGCUGCUAUGUCUUCCCUGGGGGGCUUGGGGACGCCGCCUUCUUCGCCGUCAACGGCUUCACCGUGCUGGUCAACGGCGGCUCGAACCCCAAGUCCAGCUUCUGGAAGCUGGUGAGGCACCUGGACCGAGUGGACGCCGUGCUGGUGACGCACGCGGGUGCCGACAGCCUCCCGGGGCUCAACAGCCUGCUGCGGCGCAAGGUGGCGGAGCGCGGGGAGGCGGCGGGCGCCGAGCCCGGGGAGCCCGCGGAGCCCGGGGAGCCGGGGGCCGCCUGGCGGGACCGGCUGCGCCGCCUGGUGUCGCCCGCGCUGGGCGUCGUCUUCCUCAACGCCCGGGAGGCGGCGUCGCGGCUGAAGCGCGGCCAGGACGAGGCGGCGCUGGCGCUCGGGCUGCUGGCCCAGCUGGGCAUUGCGCCGCUGCCGCUGCGCCGCGGGCCACAGCCCGCCAAGCCCACCGUGCUCUUCCGCAAGAUGGGCGUGGGCCGCCUGGACCUGUACGUGCUGCACCCGCCCGAGGCGGGCGACGCGGACGGCGCGGGCUCCGUGUGCGCCCUGCUCGUGUGGCUCCCCGCCGGCCCCACCGAGAAGGUGGUGCGGGUGCUGUUCCCAGGCCGCACGCCGCCCGCUCGCCUCCUGGACGGCCUGCUGGGCCUGCAGCACCUGGCCUUCCUGCGGGAGCCGGUGGUCACGCCGCGGGACCUGGAGGCCCCGGCGCGGGCCGACAGCAGGGAGAGCCUGGGCUCGCGCGACAAGCUGCGCCCUGCGGGCCCCGCACCCGCCAGGCCAGGCCCUGAGCGCCCCGCGCCCCCGCGGAAGGAGCCCGCCCGGGCCGAGGCCCCCCGCCGGACCGAGAAGGAUGCCAGGCUGCUCCGGGAGGCGAAGAAGGACCCCAGGCCGAGCACGCCCCGCAGCCAGCCCCGCGCCCCCGCCGGCCCGCCCGGCCCCAAGAGGGCGGCCGCGGCCCCCAGACCCCUCCGGGCGUCAGGCGCGCCCCCGCCCCGGCCUGUGCAGAACGGGCCCCUCAGCCCCCCAGGCCCGGCGCACCAGGAGCCCGGGCUGCCCGGCGCCCGCAGUGCCUCCCCCACCUCGACCCCGCCGCCGCCGCACUCCGGCCCCGAGGGCUGCGCAGAGGCGCCGACCCCGGAGCGAGUCCCGGCCCCCGGCCCCGAGCGCCCGCGCUCGCCGCCCGGCGGCCGCCUGUCCCUGAGCCCCCUGCGCGGCGGGGACGCCUCGCCCACGGGCACCACGCCCUCGCUGCCCGCCGAGGUGGGCUCCCCGCACUCCACCGAGGUGGACGAGUCCCUGUCCGCCUCUUUCGAACAGGCGCUGCCGCCGGGUGACGCGGGCCCGGGCCUCACGCUGCGGCCCCGCGCCCGCCGCUCUGCGUCUCCGCACGAUGUGGACCUGUGCCUGGUGUCGCCCUGCGAGUUCGAGCACCGCAGGGCCGCGCCAGCCGCCGCGCCCGCCUCCCCGGGCAGCUCGGAUGGCAGCAGCCGCUCCCAGGAGCGCGCGGGCCCCGGGGAGACGCCGCCCACCUCGGUCAGCGAGUCGCUGCCCACGCUGUCCGACUCCGACCCGCCGCCCGCCGCGCCCGGGCCCGACUCGGACGACGACACCCGCGGCUGCGCAGGCCUGGGCCGCGACCCGCCGCCGGAGCCGCCGCGCGUGCCACUGCCGCUGGCCGGCCCCGCGGGCACCUGCAUGGCUGACCCCGCGCAGCCCGCGCAGCCCCGCGCCCGCCGGGGCCAGGCGCGGCCCUCCACCGCCCCCGCCGCUCCCAGGGCCACCCCCUCCGCCGGCCCCAGAGCCAAGGCGCCCACCGGGGCCGACCGCGCCAGCCGGCCGCCCAGCGCUCGCGGCGAGCCUGGCGACAGAGCUGCGCGCGCGCCCCUGAGCAGGAAGCCCUCCGCCCCGAAGACAGCCUCCAGGGGCCCGGCGGGUGCCCCGCGGCCCGCGCCCACCCCGGUGUACCUGGACCUGGCCUACCUGCCGGGCGGUGCGGGCGCGUGCCAGGCAGACGCGGAGUUCUUCUUGCGCGUGCGCGCGCUCUGCUACGUCAUCAGCGGCCAGGACCGGCGGCGCGAGGAGGGGCUGCGCGCCGUGCUGGACGCGCUGCUGGCCGGCAAGCAGCUCUGGGACCGCGACCUGCAGGUGACCCUGAUCCCCACCUUCGACUCCGCCACCAUGCACCGGUGGUAUGAGGAGACGCACGUCCGGCACCAGGCGCUGGGCGUCACGGUGCUGGGCAGCAACAGCAUGGUGUCGAUGCAGGACGAGGCCUUCCCCGCCUGCAAGGUGGAGUUCUAGCGGCCGCCCCAGAGCCGCAAAAUAAACAGGCCCGCCCUGUGUCCCGCGUCCUCCGUGGAUCUCUGCGCGGUGUGGAGCAGGUGCGGGCUGGGUGGCGGCCGCUGCCUCGCGGCCCGGCCUGUCUGGGAGCCCAGGGUCCCAGAGCCCAGACCGAGGCCCGGGCAGAGCGUCCUCCGUCAGGGCCUCUGCGCCUGCGUGGUUGGAGAUGAGAAUCUAAAGGACUUUUCUGUCCAGCCCGGCUUUGAACCUCAACUUCCUUAGUAGCUUCAGUCACAAGUGUGAGCCACCAGUGCCUGGCCCCAAAUCCUCUUUAAGCAAGAGGCGCUCAGUGCUUUUCCAACCUAGUUUGUGGACAGAUUUUCUGUAAAUGCUUUACACUGUU